AAGGUUAGGUUGCGCAGUAGUGCUAGCGGCUUCGCGGUUUGGUCCUCCGACCCGGCAGCCGCCACUGGUGCUGAGCUGCUAGGAGGCCCGUGUCGGCGAGCUCGUUGGAGCUUGAACCCAUUGUCACCCCUCCGACUCACCGGCAAAAAAAAAAAAAAAAAAUGGUUGAAGCAGAUCGUCCAGGAAAGCUCUUCAUUGGUGGGCUUAAUACGGAAACAAAUGAGAAAGCUCUUGAAGCAGUAUUUGGCAAAUAUGGACGAAUAGUGGAAGUACUCUUGAUGAAAGACCGGGAAACCAACAAAUCAAGAGGAUUUGCUUUUGUCACCUUUGAAAGCCCAGCAGAUGCUAAGGAUGCAGCCAGAGACAUGAAUGGAAAGUCAUUAGAUGGAAAAGCCAUCAAAGUGGAACAAGCCACCAAACCAUCAUUUGAAAGUGGUAGACGUGGACCGCCUCCACCUCCAAGAAGUAGAGGCCCUCCAAGAGGUCUUAGAGGUGGAAGAGGAGGAAGUGGAGGAACCAGGGGACCUCCCUCACGGGGAGGACACAUGGAUGACGGUGGAUAUUCCAUGAAUUUUAACAUGAGUUCUUCCAGGGGACCACUCCCAGUAAAAAGAGGACCACCACCAAGAAGUGGGGGUCCUCCUCCCAAGAGAUCUGCACCUUCAGGACCAGUUCGCAGUAGCAGUGGAAUGGGAGGGAGAGCUCCUGUAUCACGUGGAAGAGAUAGUUACGGAGGUCCACCUCGGAGGGAGCCACUGCCCUCUCGUAGAGAUAUUUAUUUGUCCCCAAGAGAUGAUGGGUAUUCUACUAAAGACAGCUAUUCAAGCAGAGAUUACCCAAGUUCUCGUGAUACUAGAGAUUAUGCACCACCACCACGAGAUUAUACUUACCGUGAUGAUGGUCAUUCCAGUUCACGUGAUGACUAUCCAUCAAGAGGCUAUAGCGAUAGAGAUGGAUAUGGUCGUGAUCGUGACUAUUCAGAUCAUCCAAGUGGAGGUUCCUACAGAGAUUCAUAUGAGAGUUAUGGUAACUCAAGUAGUGCUCCACCUACACGAGGGCCCCCGCCAUCUUAUGGUGGAAGCAGUCGCUAUGAUGAUUACAGCAGCUCACAUGACGGAUAUGGUGGAAGUCGAGACAGUUACUCAAGCAGCCGAAGUGAUCUCGACUCAAGUGGUCGUGAUCGGGUUGGCAGACAAGAAAGAGGGCUUCCCCCUUCUAUGGAAAGGGGGUACCCUCCUCCACGUGAUUCCUACAGCAGUUCAAGCCGCGGAGCACCAAGAGGUGGUGGCCGUGGAGGGAGCCGAUCUGAUAGAGGGGGAGGCAGAAGCAGAUACUAGAAACAAACAAAACUUUGGACCAGAAUCCCAGUUCAAAGAAACAAAAAGUGGAAACUAUUCUGUCAUAACUACCCAAGGACUACUAAAAGGAAAAAUUGUGUUACAUUUUUUAAAUUCCCUGUUAAGUUCCCCUCCAUAAUUUUUAUGUUCUUGUGAGGCAAAAAGUAAAACAUGUUUAAUUUUAUUUGACUUUAUGACAUUGCUUUUCAACAAGCAAAUGUUAAAUGUGUUAAGACUUGUACUAGUGUUGCAACGUUCCAAGUAAAAGUAUCCCUAA